AUGGGCUCUACCAACACAGCAACUAUUGAGACCAAAAAUCUCUUCGACGUCUCCGGUCUCGUCGCUGUGAUUACCGGCGGAGGUUCUGGAAUUGGUCGUAUGAUCACUCGUGCUCUUGCCGCAAAUGGAGCACACAGAGUCUAUAUUAUUGGUCGUCGUGUGAGCGUUCUGGAACAGACAGCCACAGAAUUCCCCGACGUCGUCAAGGCUCUGGAGUGUGAUGUAACCUCCAAAGAGUCGCUCAAGGCCGCUGCAGACCUUAUCCACAAGGAGGUUGGAUAUAUCAACCUGCUGUGGUGUAAUUCAGGUACCUCUGGGCCCGAAUCCAAGACCCUAAACAACAACUCCUCGCUAGAUGAGUUUAUUGAAGAGAACUGGAAGCACUCGGUGGAUGAGUACGCAGACACCUUCAAGAUCAACACCGCUGGGUUUUGGUACUCUUCGCUUGCCUUCCUGAAACUUCUCGAUGCCGGUAAUCGCCAAAAGAACGUUAAUUUCAGCAGUCAAAUUGUCGGCACCUGCAGCACGCUUGGUUUCGGAAGAUUUGCUCCAACAGGACGCUUUGCGUAUGGCCAGAGCAAGGCAUCGCAGCAACACAUGAUGAAGCAGCUUUCCACACACAUGGUUCCGUACGGCAUUCGAGUCAACUCCAUUGCUCCAGGACUAUUUCCGACUGAUAUGACUUCGACUAUGACUGGGAGUGGUUAUGACCCAGCAAAAUUGAUCCCAGAGAAGAGAGCUGGUGAGGAAACUGACAUUGCUGGCGUCGCGCUAUUUUUGGCUAGUAAGGCUGGCUCGUAUCUUAAUGGAAAUGUGUUGUUGGCCGAUGGUGGACGAACAGCAAUUGUUCCCUCAACGUACUAA